GUUUAAAAUAAGUCAGCACAAUUACUGCUUAUAGCUGUACAGAACCGCAAGCGAAGACUACAGCUUGGCAUGAUUUCUAAUUUAUUUAUGCCUGCACGUGCCAAUGUCCCGGACAAUGACUUACAGACUCUUUCGUCCACGACCAAUCGUCGCUCUGGGUCUCUUUGUCCUAGCUGGAAGCGGCAUUCUUAUUCAGUGGCUACGCUUUCGAAGUCCGUCUGAAGGCGAGAAGGCCCCUAAGUCGUCAGAAGACGAAUUGCCGCAAUCACUUCGCCAAAACAUCGGUAGCGACGGCGGGAAGCGAACCGAGAAUGAUGAACUACAGGAAAAGAAAACGACAACUGAGAACAGAGUGUUACACACUGCAGGACAGAAUAGUUUAGUGAAUCAAAAUGGAAAGACCCCGGAUAUGGAUGUGGUGAUUGAUUCCAAACCUGCUGAAUCAGAGAAAAGUCAGAACGCAGAUUUAGAGAGUGAAGAACGGGAGUCGCUUGAAACUCGUGAUAGGUCUGCAGUUUUGAAUGGCUACAUGUCGGUGCUGGAUGACAAGCCACUGACAUUGAACUGCAAGUCGUGUGCUCUGGUGUCAAGCUCGGGACGCGUACUUGGGCAAAAGAAAGGAUCAGAAAUCGAUGAAGCCGACUGUGUGUUUAGAAUGAAUGCAGCUCCAGCGAAGGGAUUUGAGAUCGAUGUAGGACACAAGACGACUAUUCGAGUUCUCUCUCAGUUCAGUGUUGCAGCGGGUAUAACGCAGAUAAUUCGUGGCCAAGAGUCUCUAAGUUUCUUUAUUAGUUGGGGCGCUGAUAAACACUUGGGCAAGACAACACCAAAGUACAGGGAAAUGGUGUCGACAGCCAACAAAUAUCCUCAAAUCGGAUUCUAUCGAUCAUCCGAUGAACAUUAUUGGUAUCAAGACGAGAUAUUUGAAAAGGAGACAGGGCAAAAACGCAUGUCGUCGGGUUCUUGGCUCACAACUGGCUGGUUUACGUUUGAUGUAAUGAAACAAGCAUGUCCAACGACAAAGAUCUACGGAAUGGUUCCAGAAGACUUCUGCAAGAAUCCAAAGGCUGUUCCUGCUUUGUAUCACUAUUGGGAACCUCAUGGUGGGAUGGAAUGCUCUUACUAUGCUAAGAUGGAAAACAACCGCCGAGGUGCCCAUCGAUUUAUGAGCGAGAAAACGAUUUUUGCUCGAUGGGCCGUCAAACACAACAUGACGUUUCAUUCACCAGACUGGAAUCCCAACGACUACAUUAAAAAAGACAUCAAAUUUCCUAUGCCUUGAUUAAUUAAUAUUAGAUCUCAGCAAUGCUGUAUAUGUUACUGUAGAUAGUUGAAAUGGAAGAAACUCUUUGUGCUAACUAUUUCUUAUUGACACUCUUUCAUUUUCCAUUUUCUCUUUAUUAAUUAAGCUUCCGAGUUCUUUUUCAUAAUUGCACCACGUCAUUCUUGUA